GCGCCUUUUCCAUCUAUCCCGUUCUCACCAAGCCGUCGAGGCGUUCACAUAUAUCAAGAUUUUUUUUCUAAAAAUAAGAUAUGAACGCUCAAGUUUACGUCUGGUGUGUAAAUACGUAGAGGCAGAGCAUCCUACUUCGUGUCUGCGAUUUUUCAGUAGCGAAUGACCUUCCAGAAUGAGUUUUUCAACGCAAAUCGUCGUACAUCAGGCUGCGUGGAGAUACUACAGAUUAGUUGGUUUCCGAGUACUAUAAAUAAAUGUUGAAGAAUUGGGAGAAUUCAAGCGAUAUUGAACAUCGAAGUUUACAGGCGUUCGAAGGCAUUCGCGGGUGGAACGACGUGCGAGUACUAGGACCCAAGUUGAACAGAGACAGCGUUAGCAUUCUAUUAGCUGUCGGGAUGCAGAGUUCGAAUCGGAAGAAUCAAUCGUUAGCUCCGAUUUUUUUGAAGAAAGAAGGAAGGAUGAGGAGAGUGGAAAUUCACAACUCGUUGAAACUUUCGGGAGCGAACAGUGACGACGAUGCGAUACGAAAUGGCGACAACGACAACGGAGCAACAGUGAGAGUUGAAAACUACGUCGCAGACAAAAAACUUUGUGUCACCACGGCGAUGACGAUGAUCAUCUUUGCACGAGGCAUUCGGGAGAAUGGGGCCAAAAAGUGCGCAGCUGAGAUACUUUGCGCAAUUCCGGAUAGAAUGAGAAGUAGAAUGAGGUCCCUAGACGAGAACUCACGUUCAGCUGGGCGCACGGCCAGGCAAGGAACGCUCGGCUACAUGACCUUAACGAGACAAUAUAAUCGACGACGCUCGUGCACUGUGUUCUCACCGUACCUUGAAAUCACAUUCAAAGACAAAUCCGUCGCAUGCUCGCUUCGGUGAAUCGUUGCUGGUUAUUCGGUGGGGAUCGCCCCUAUACUUAUGGUAAAAAAAGAAG